AUGAUGGUCGAUAACUUCGAAUGCGCUGGCUACACAUUCUACUCGAAGUUCGACUCCGGGAACUUGGGAAAAGUCGAAUUGGUGCGAUGCUGUGAAGGACUUGGCAUCGUUGGCAACACCGUUUCGAGUGCUACCGGUGGAAAUGCGUCGGCGAACAUUGCCGGUGUUCCCGUUAUCACGACGGGCGGCUCGACAAAUGGCGGCCAGCAAUCCAUCGUGCCAACAACGAACACGACCAGUGCUUCCGCGAUUGUGGCCGCUACGUUGGGCGUUGGCGUGGCACUCUCCACGACAACGGCCACGACAGCCGGAAGUGGGACGCUUGGGUUGCCGAUACCGUCGCCGACGCCAUACGCGACAGAAAACCCACUGGUAGAGGUAGAGUUUAACCUCUGGACGCGUCCGGACUGUGCUGGCACGGCGUACGAAAAUCAGAACCGCACCUGGUUCCACUUUGCCGUGACGGGCGGGCGCCCGAAUCAGAUCGUAAAGUUUAACGUGAUGAAUCUGAACAAGCAGGCCAAGCUGUUUAGUCAGGGCAUGCACCCGGUGACGAAGGUUGGACCGAACGGGCGCUGGGAGCGCAUCAAAGACAAGCCAUCUUACUCGAUCACCAACGAUGUGUUCUACAUUUCGUUCCUUCACAAAGCGCCCGAAGUGGCAACGGAUCAGACGAAAAUCUACUACGCGUUCACCUUCCCGUUCACCUACACCGAGCUGCUAGAUCAGCUCGCCACCUUCGAUCGCAAGUACGGUCGACAUCCGUUCGAGUUGAACAAAAUGGCGUACGAUAUAUCGCAGAAGUACGACACAAGCACGAGCAGCGGCAACUCGUCGAGCGGACCAGGAGGAGAAGAGUCCAAGGGCAUCUCCAACCUGUCGCACCGGCGGAAGAAGGGUCGACUGUCGAAGAUGGAGCGCGUGGAUCGGACCAGCGACCCGGAGUCCUUCGAUGAGACGGCACGCGAUGGAACGGCGGUGGCAGGUGAUGAUGAUAUUAGUGGACGGAAACCUUCCGUAGCACCACCGACCAAGGAGGUGCUCUCGGAGGUGGCCAAGACACUGCAGGCCACGCUUGGCACCGCAGGAGGAAGCAUGGUGAUCGACGACAACACCUCCGAGUCGAUGCAGGCGAUAACGAAUCUGGUGAACAAUGUGAAAAUAGAGUUACCUGCCGGUGGCCAGAAGCCGCAGCUGCUCGCAUCUUCCAUGACGUCUUCGAAACUUAAGCUGCCCUCGUUCCACAACCACCUGACGGUGGCCAGUGGGACGGGAACGAGCAGUACCAUCGCUCCCACUAUAGACGACGAUUCCAAGUCAGACACAAGGGACGAAAUUUAUUACUGCCGCGAACUGCUAACCCAUUCCGUCGAACGGCGGCGGAUCGAACUGCUCACAAUUAGUUCCUUCCACGGGAUACAGACGGCGCGAGAGGUACGACUGCGUAAUCUAUUCCCCGACGAGGACGCCCAACGCUGCCAUACGUUUAGGGAUAAGAAGAUUGUGUUCAUUUCAUCACGCGUCCAUCCGGGUGAAACACCGGCCAGCUUCGUGCUCAAUGGGUUCCUUAGCAUGCUGCUGGACCGCAAGAGCGUGAUCUCGCAGACACUCCGACGGAUGUACGUGUUCAAGAUCAUCCCGUUUCUCAAUCCGGACGGCGUGUACAACGGGCUGUAUCGGUCGGAUACGCGCGGGCACAAUCUGAACCGGGUAUACAUAGCUCCGUGUCACGAAACACAACCGGCGAUCUACGCUGCACGAAAGUUAAUCAGGUAUUACCACCUCGGUGUCGACGAAAUCGAACCGUACGAACUGGAGAAAGUGGAGAAGAAAAAUCCCCUCCCGCAAGCGACGGUCGAGGGAAGCCCGGGCCUGCAAGAUGCGGUGACCAGCGAGGGAACAACGACGACGGCACCAGUUUCAGUUGAAGCGAAUCCACCGUUGAAGAAAGGUAGACAACCCCUGCAAAGCUCGGUAGCGAAGAUAGCGAGACGGAACAGUACUAACAGUCACCUCAGUUCUACUGCCACUAACAACAGCAACACACACAAUUUGAAAACUAAACUACCCAAACUACUAACCUCUAACAACAACAGUCCCCUCGACACCUCCUCCGGUGCAUGUUCUCCCCAGCCGGUUCCGUCGGUGAAGCGAUUGGUUUCUUCCCUAUCGGUGCCAUCACCAGCGCCUCCACCAUCGGAGGAAUCCGCAAUGAGUCGAAAGCGACGCACAUUAACCCCACAAUCCACAGACAACAACAGCUGCAGCAGCAGCACCUCGGUCAGUGUUGCUGGCGAGAGGCGAUCCAUCAUCGCGUUUACAACACCUUCACCGGUCACUCGUCGUGAGCUCGUGGCCUCGUCAACCUCUUCGUCCUCUUGGUCGGACAAAUUGCUUGGAAAAAUAUUACGCCGACGGCGCUCCUCCAAGGGCGAUAGAAUGGCCGCGGCGUCAGCUACCCCCAGCACAAGAUUGUCCCCGAUAGCACAAGCCCUACCGAAACCGACACUUUUGCUGCCCUCGGUCGGUGAGGAGAAGGAGGAAGAGAGCGUCGGUUCGCAUGAAGCUUCAUCGAAUUCGACUUCAACGCUUGCAGCAGCAGUAGCUGAAAAGAUUAACUCUACUAACAUGACCUCUGGUUCGACUCCGUUGACUGAUGAAUCAGAUUCCGUCGAGCAAGAUACUCCUGCCGCGUCCGAUUCGGGUUUCAGCGAAGCGAGCACCGCCUCCUCCAAGGUCGUCACAAUGUCCAGCAUUUCCUCGGCGGGUAGCACGCCGCCGGAGAAUGAUGGGAAGACGGCAUCGGUGGGGGAAGUAGGUUCGUUAGUAGGCGCACUGUCACCACCGCAACCACCCUCGCUGGCAGUGGCGGCUGCCACAGCCGUUGCAGCAGGAGCAGCAGCAGGAGGUGGAGGUGGGAAAGUUUUCACCGAUAAGCUUAUCCCGGAGUUAAACCCCAUCGUCGUUGGGGAGACCGCGGUGCGACCGAUGGGAGGCGCCGGUCGUAGCGCUUCCAGCACGAGUCUCAUCAGCAGUGGAAGCCUAAGCGGCGCUGGUGGUGGUAAAAAAUCGAUCCACUCGGUGCAGGCCAAGGUCGACUCGGGAAAAGGUGGCAGCAAGGGCGGUGGUAAGCAGCACGUGGCACUCAACAAGCCACAGUUCAUCGGCUCGACUCCGGCCGGAACGCUCAAGUUGAAGGAGUUUCUGUUGCACCCGCACCACCACCAUCAUCACCAUCAUCAUCACCACCCCCACCAUCAUCAUCACCAUCAUCAAACGGUGCCAGCUGGAGGAUUGGUGGCUGGUUCUGGUUCUGUUGCUGGUGGCGGUUCCGUUCAAGGGCAGGCCGUACUGCACGGUGGAAAGAUGUCCUUGGGUGGGCUAAAAAAAGCGACCGCCGGUCAUAAGAAGGAUGCUUCGUCCUCCGCCUCGUCUUCGGCACGAGCGCCGACAGGAAGCAGUAUCCUUGGUGAGGCGACACCGGGCGGGGGGAAAAACCUUCGCCCGCAAACACCCCAAACGCAGCCCCAGUUCAGCCACUAUCGGUCGCACCGGAAUGAGUAUCUUGGAUCGAGUGUGGGCAUCGGAGCCGGAGUGGGAGCCGGGACCGGAGCGUCCCAGCGCAAUCUCAACAUAAGCCUGGACUUUCUGGCGCAGCUGGACGAGCGGAACGAUCGCGUGGUGUACGAGGACCGGAGCAACCUUUUCAUGUACAUCGAUCUGCAUGGACACGCGUCGAAGAAGGGCGUCUUCAUGUACGGCAAUCACCUGCCGAGCACGGUCGAGGCGGUAGAGUGUAUGCUGUUGCCGCGACUGAUGAGUCUCAACUCGCAGCACUUUCACUUUGAUGCGUGCAACUUUAGUGAGCGCAAUAUGUACUACAAGGGCAAACGUGACGGUCUGUCGAAGGAAGGCUCGGGUCGUGUAGCCGUCUACAAGAGCACGGGGUUAAUCAAGAGCUACACACUGGAGUGCAACUACAACACCGGAAAGUGCGUGAACAUCCUGCCGCCGCGUGGCAAGGAAAUCGUCGCCAAAACGACCCAUACGCUCGUUCCACCGAAGUAUGUUCCGGCCGUAUUCGAAGAGGUUGGUAAAGCACUUGGACCGUCGAUCCUGGACCUGACCAACUCGAAUCCACUGUCACGGCUACCGAACUGCGAGUUUCGCACGCUGCAAGGCUUGCGGAAUGCGCUUCGAAUCGAAAUCGAGCGCGGCUCGUCGAAGGCACGCGUCACCAAUAAGGCUCAGAAGUCACACUCCAAACGGCACGCCAGUCAGCUGUCCAGCUCGAUGAUGAUCGAAAUUUCGAAGGAAAACCAAGCCAUCCAAUGGGAGCAUCCGGUAGGUGGUAGCGGCGGUGGUGGUGGAGGUGUUGGCGGAUCGGGCAGUGUCAUCGGUGCGGUCGGUAGCUCGGUGGCUGUAGCCGUCGCCGUUGGAGCGGGUGGAGUGGCCAGUGGUGGUGGUGGUGGCGCCGGAAAUAAUACCGUCUGCAAGGUGGUCGGUGACCCGGAUCCAUCGAAUCCACCAGGACACCAUGGUUCCGUUUCCAUGCCCGUCUCGGGUGGAGUGGUGAUAGGGGGAUCGGUGGCGGUGGCCGGUGGCAGUGGCAGGCAGUUCCUCAAGGGAACCUCUGUGGUGACGUUGAAGGCAGCUCACGGGGCGGGCGGGGGGAAGAUUUCCCGCAAAGGCGCUGGUGGCUUUGUGAAGAAGAAACAGAAGGUGCUGUGCGAUGUUGGGAGCGUUGGGAGUUUGGUAACCACCGGUGGUGGGGGGAUUGCCGGUGGCAAGAAGAUGCAGGAGCUUCAGGUGCUGCGUAGCACCAAGGAACAGACGGUGCCUCGGAAAAAGAUCAAGGUUUCCCCGCAAACGAUCGUCGACCGAUCGUCGGGGCUUGAGCUGUGCUUCAAGGGUGGCCUCGGAGUGGGUUCGCUGCCGAACUUCCUCACGGCCGUCCCGGCGGGACUCGGCGAACUACCGCUGGCCGGUAGCGGUGCCAAGAAGGUAAGCAAAUCGGAGAGCAAACUGCUGGAUAUGGUCGUCGUGAACGAUUUGAUGCAGUGUGACGAUAGCUUCGAUGCGGCCCCGUGCUGUUCGUACUCGUCCACGUCGGGCGCGAUCGUGACCACCACCUCGGGGGCCAUUUCCAAGCUGAUCUCAACGUACACACAAGCUGAAAAUGCCUCCGGCUCCGGUACCGGUGAAAUUCCCACUUCGUUGAUAGGAGGAGGAGGAGGUAUACCGAUCGAUACCAGCGGAACCGGAAUGCUUGAGUGCAACGCAAUUGGUGGAAGCAGUUCCGGUGAAAGUAGCAGCAGUCUCAAGUUUGGCAAGGCAUCUCUCAAACCGAAACAGAAAACGAAACUAGCCAAGUCGACAAAGUCGUCAGGGGCGGACACGGGCAAAAAGUUGCUUAAGAAAAAACGUUCACUCAAAACGGACACCAAUUUGAAGCGUAAGAAAACGCGCGUAAAACCAGCAUUAACUUAGCGUUGAGGGACUUGUACGUGGGGAAUGCCGGACAUGCAGGAAUGGUGUAAAAUUUACAUGAAACGAAUGUGUCUUCCUUUAGAAUGCGAUGAUGGUGAUUAGGUUUAUUUAUCUGCUUUUUGAACCUUAUUUGUUUUUGGAGUUUUGACUAACGAAGAUUGUUAACGAUGUUGGUCCCCCGCCAAUGCUAGAAAAGAAACCAAGCUUUGCGCUUUUCUUUUUGUUUUGUUUUCUUUUAUUUUUUUUAUCUACAAGAUUUAUUAUUAUAAGGGAUAGCUUUCCACCACCCUGGAGAAAGCACCAGUACGGCGUGCGCCGUACCGCAAAGUGUGUGAUAUUUCUUCUCGUAUUACGUAUUAUUAUGCCAUCGGCGUUUGGUUGGUUU